AUGGCCAUGCAAUAUCUUAACCAGAUAAAAAACCGGCAGCGUUCGCCGCAGAUGAUCAGCACGCCCAAACCGGUCUUGACGCCAGAGGAUGAAGCCUACCUACGUGAAGUCACCGCACAUCCGGAAUCGGUACCCGCUUCAACAGAACAGAAGGAACAAACGUCGAUCGAAAGUUCCGCUGGGGCUCCUCUGCAACCGGAGAUAAGCGUACAGGCUGAGGAUGUUCCUCUACCUUGCUCGCCCGGCGAGGAGUUUGGAAAGGAGCUUGGAGAGGAGGGUAGACAAGAACGGAAAAAUCCGCAUCCAACAUUGGAGAGAUCGGUGACACCACAGCCAGAGGCCGCGAAGGCCUCACCGAAGAAGAAACGAUGGAGUGCUAUGUUUUGGAAGAAGAACACAGGGAAGAAUGUGGACAAAGACACCGACAAUGCAAACAAAUCGCAGAUCGAAACCUCGACUCCCCCGACCACUUCGGAUACGUCCAACAGUGGAAAAGAUGCAGACAAAGACAAAGAUGCAGAGGAUAUGACAGAUAUUCUGGAGCGCUUGAAUCUAGCAGCGGAUAAUAAUCGGGUCUUUUCGAUCAGUGAUGAGACACAAGAGCUUUUGCGCAAGUUCAAGCUUAUCUUCAAGGAUCUGAUCAACGGAGUCCCAACUGCCUACGGGGAUCUGGAGAUGCUCCUGACCAAUGGAAAUCGCCAACUGCAGGAAACAUAUACAAAGCUUCCUAGUCCGAUGCAAAAGCUUAUCGAGAAACUUCCCGAGCGGUGGACGGAGACGUUAGCCCCGGAGAUGCUUGCAGUUGCUGCCGAGCGUGCUGGCAAGAGUGGCGUCAAUAUGGAGAAUGUGGGCAAGGCCGCUGCAGCUGCGGAGAAGAUGGGAAUUAGUGUGCCAAGUUUGAAGGAGCUUGUCUCGAAGCCGGCUGCUCUGGUUGGUAUGCUGCGAUCGAUUAUGGCAUUUUUGCGAGCUCGAUUCCCUGCUGUCAUGGGUAUGAACGUGCUUUGGUCAUUGGCAUUAUUCAUUCUUCUCUUUGUCUUGUGGUAUUGCCACAAGCGCGGACGUGAAGUCCGUCUGGAGAAUGAGCGGCUGGUAACGGAAGAAGAGAUCAACAAGCUCAACCAGGAUACAUCGAGGGUUCUAAUUCGUCCCACAGAGACUUUGACAACGACUGCACCUCAAGGUGCUUCGUCCGAGGAAAUACGUGAAGGCGUGAGAAGGGUAGAGGAGGCCCGAGCAGCUCCUGUCGAAUCCGUUGCCCCAGAAUCCGUUACCCCGGUCGAAUCCACCGCUCCCGCCGAACUCGCUGCUGCCACCAAGCCAGAGCCCGAAAGUGAGGCUACGGCUCAGCCAGCGCCAGCGCCAACUCGAUCAAAAUCAUUUUUGUACAUGUUUGGGCGCACCAAGUCAGAGCCUGCACCUAAUAAUGUAGCUCCUUAUCCCGGCACUUGA